CUUUUAAUUUCAUUUCAAUGAAAAAGCCUUCUAUUAAUAUGAAUAUAUGAUUACAAAACAAGUAUCCCAUAAUCUCAUCAAACAAACAUCCUACGAUUAGGCAUCGACAUACAAUCGCCCGAAUGAGCAACUCGAGUAGCUGACCACCUAACACACAAGCUUGCUUUAACUUUAGCAGUCCUCAUGCUUCUAAUUGUAUGAAACCUCCACAAAACAUACAGAUCAAGAGUACUGCUAUCCACAAAAAACACAAGCAAAACAAACAAAAACAAUGUAACAAUGGGUCAACACUAGCCAACCACUAAAAGCUCCGCACUGGUUUGCCUGAAACCGCACAUUCAGUCUAUGUAACUACUAACUGGCCAAUAUCAAGUUUUAUUAGAAAAGCCUUUGAUCAAACCCCAACAGCCACGCAUGUCACAGUAUCACAAUAUAACUAGAGCCUUCUGUCAGAAAAGCCUAACUCAUCCAAUAAGUAUCACGAACAUGUGCUAAUUAAUUUAGACGGUUAAACCACCGGCUAGAAAUCCAGUCUGGCCUUGCUCACCACGCCCGCUUCCACCUUGUUUUUUACUUCACAUUAUCACACUCUAAACGGUCGUAUACGACAUUUCAACCGCUCCUCAUCCAUCACUAAGCACCUCCGUGGCUCUGUUUUUGCUCACUAGCAAUCCUAAGAUCUCUUCCUAGCCAUCUCCUUCCACUGUAGUCCUCAUUUGAGAACUUCCCACAUGCCUUAGACCAUAAAGCCAUGGAGACUACAAAGCAAUCAACUGAAAACUCAAAACAUAAUAAUAUGAUUGCAAGCCAGUGGAAAACCAAUGCCACAGAGAUCAUGAGUCAUGAAUGAUUCAAGACGAUGAAAAACAGGCAAUGAAACUCCAGCACGAUGAAAACUAACCUCAAAACUUUGAUCGAAAAAGUUUUGGGACAAACUUCCCAGAGGAGUAAUACCACACCCAGACGGCCAGACUCCAAUAUGACCAGUCUUCUCGCCGAUCAUAACAACAAUCGGAGACAACUCCUUCACUAAAACCUGAACCCUAGGUAGACACAAAGCUACACCUACUCGAGGGAACAGACCUCUGUGUAUAGAUAUUCAAUAUUAUAGUAAUGCUAAAUCAACCCAAUGUAUAACACAACACAAUAGGAAUAAGUACUAUAAACAUAUUGCCAGCACUAAUACUGCCAUAUAAUUUUAAUAGAGAACUUUUCCAAUCGAUUAGCUUUGCUCUUUCUAUUCUAGCUUCUGAUCGAUUAAAUUGCAGGCAGCAGCAACAGAAGGGCAAGAAGCCAAUGUUGUCACCGAUUACAUUCUCAAGGUAAGCAUUUGGAUGGAUGAACAAGAGAACAGAAAUAAAAGCUAUUAAUAAUUUGUGCAGAUCGAUGAGGGAAACUGAUAGAAAAUAAAGAGACUAAUGUAGUUUGAUUUUAUCUGUUUGCGAUGGCUGGCAGAUUCUGGGACUGGACAUAUGUGCAGAUACGAUGGUGGGAGACGAAAUGCUGAGAGGGAUAUCCGGCGGACAGAAGAAGCGAGUGACGACCGGCGAAAUGAUCGUCGGGCCAGCAAAGGCUCUCUUCAUGGACGAAAUAUCCACCGGACUGGACAGCUCCACAACCUAUUCCAUCGUGAACUCGCUCAAGCAAUACGUCCACAUUCUCAAGGGCACCACCGUCAUUUCGCUGCUCCAGCCGGCCCCUGAGACCUAUAACCUGUUCGACGAUAUCAUCCUGUUGUCCGAUGGCUACGUUGUUUACAACGGCCCUCGGGAAACUGUGAUCGAUUUCUUUGAAUCCAUGGGGUUCCAGUGCCCUGACAGGAAAGGCGUUGCUGAUUUCUUGCAAGAGGUGAGUGAAUUCUAAUUCCACAUAUCUUUAAAUCAACAUAGACUAUUAUUGAACUAU